AUGCGCCCUCUUUUUGAGACGUCUCAAAAACACCCUCACUUCAUGGAGAUGCAUGGGCCAUGUGAAGCAUGGGCCCUCCUCGAAGCAAAGGCUGGCCAGGUGGACCGCAUGCGAACCCUCUUCCGCUCGGCUCUAUCAGCCAACCCCAGGUCCAUCCCCACACUGCACGCAUGGGCGUGCCAGGAGGCCCGACUAGCCACACCCGAGAGCAGAGAGACAGCCAGGGGACUGUUUGUGAAGUGCUUGGAGGUGCAGCCUGGGUGUGUGCAGGCGUUGCAGGCAUACGCAUGCUUGGAGCGGCAGCAGGGAAACUUAGCCAAGGCCCGUUCCCUCCUAUCACUAGCCCUCUCAGCCCAGCUGGGCAACGCAGCAUCGCUGCAGCAGGCAGCACAGGUGGAGGAGGCGCUGGGGAAUGCAGCCUCUGCGCAUGAGCUCUUUGUGCAGGCUAACCGGGCGGAUAGAAUGGUGGCAAGAAGGAGACGGGGGAUGUAUGAGUCGGCUAAGGAGGGGAGGCAAUAG